AUGGAUUACUCGCACAACGACGACGGAUAUGCGGGCGGCUCCAGUCCAUGGGCGUCGUCGCCGCAGCACAAUCGCGCGUCAUUCGGGCAGACUCCCACCAGCGACCUCCCCUCAUCUCCGCUGCCUCCGCCCGCGUCACCCUACGGCCAGGACUCGGAGCAGUUUGGCUACAUGGGCGACAACGCCCAGCAGAACCGACCCGGCACUGCUUCGACAGAAAACGGCGAAUCGUACCCGGCGCAACAACAGCAGCCGUCGCAACAGCCCACCCAAGAUGCGCCGCAGCUGCCGCAGCACCCAAACGCGCACCAACAAGCUCCCCAGCCGGGCCAGCAGCCCCAGCGAUACCACGGAACACGGCCGCAGCGCCAGCAGCAGCACUACAAGCUCCAGGCCAAGGUGACGGGACUCGAGCGCAAUGGCAAGAAGGACCCGAUCAUCCGCUUCGACGUAUACACCAACCUGCCCAAGUUCCGAACGACCCAGUUCCGCGACGUCCGCCGCGUGCAUAGCGAGUUCGUCAAGUUCGGCGAACACCUGAUCUCCGCCUGCCCCGAGGCCAUCGUGCCCGCCGUGCCCCCGGCCACGACCUCUGCAGGAGCUGGCACUGAAGAGGAUGAGGCGCGCUUAAAGGCGGCGAUCCAGCGGUGGUUGAACGUCGUCUGCACCAACGACAUCCUCAUUCGCGAUGAGGAGAUGGUCUUUUUCGUCGAGAGCGACUUUGGAUACAGCCCGGUCGUGCGGCGGAAGCAGCCUGCCACAGGCGUGCGCCGCAAGGUCAUCAAGCAGUUUGCGCCCCCACCGGAUGACACGCCCGAGCUCGCCGCCGCCCGCCCGGUUGUGAAGGCCUUCUACCUGGGGACAAUGGAGGCUGAGCAGAAAGUCGAGAAGGUCGUCAAGCACAGGAGAAAUCUUGGUGUCGCUGAAUCUGACUUGGGCGCCAAAUUCGCUGCCAUGCACGCUCAGGAGACACACGCUGGACUUGCGCACGCGUACAAGAAGCUAGGAAAGGUCAUCCAAGCGACCGGCGACUUCCAUGCUGCUCAAGGUACUGCUGAAGCGACCACGCUCGGCGACCCACUCCAGUACCACAGCAGUGACGCCUUUAUUGCCAAGGAAACCCUCACCAACCGUCAUAUCAUCCUCCGCGAAUUGCUCCAGGCGCAAGCAGCCACCAAAUCCAAGCUCACUGCCGCCGACCGACUGAAGGCCAGUUCCAGCGUAAAACGCGACAAGGUCGACGAGGCAAUUGGCCAACUCGACGAAGCCCGCAGCCAUGAGCAGUACCUAACCUCGAAAGCCCAGCGCGUCACCGCGAACCUACUCCAGGAGCAGAGGAAAUGGUUCGGCCGCACUACAGCAGACAUGCGCCAAGCAAUCCGCGAAUACGCCAUCCGCCAGAUCGAAGCCGAACGCCGCACCCUCGCAACUCUCGAAUCGGUACGCCCUGACAUCCGCGCCAUUGACGGCAGCGGAGGCCUGUCGCGCCUCGGCCGCGAAGCACACCCUGCCACACGCCGCGCCACGAUGGCCACAUCCCAGGGCCCCAAGGGCGACGCCUGGUCCGGCGUACCCCGCCGCCCUGGCGAGGGCCUUAACAGGAGCGUCAGUGGCAGCAUACCUCCUGUGCUCCCCGAAGGCGACGAGGACGAGAACGACGAGUCGGGGCUCUCGCGGAAACGCGCGCCCAGCAAAUCGGGAAGCGUCAAGGCCGGCGAAGAAGACGAUGACCGCAUCGACGCCAAGAACGCGGCGAGCAGACUGGCGACCACGACUUUCUAG